UUGGUGACCUUCAAGGAUGUGGCAGUGACCUUUACCUGGGAAGAGUGGGGACAGCUUGACCUGGACCAGAGGACCCUGUACCGGGAGGUGAUGCUAGAGACCUGCAGGCUCCUGGUCUCACUGGGGCAUCCAGUUCCCACACCAGAGUUGAUCCACCUGCUGGAGCACAAGCAGGAGCUAUGUACGGUGAGGAGAGGCCUCUCACAUAGGCCCUGCCCAGGUGACAGAGCAAAACUUCAGACCAGAGAGCCAAGCUCUUCUCAGUCCAUUUUGUCUGAGGGAGCCUUGCUCCAGAGAAGCCUGACUCAGGGAUCUUCAAGGGACUCCAGCUUGGGACAAGCCAGGGACCAGGAAGGGCUUCUGGAAAUGCAGAGAGAUCAAUGGAGGCCAGAGACAGACCCCCACAAGGAGACCCAUCCUGGGGAAACACGCCUUGAAGAUGAUGGUUUGGGAACACAUGAUAGUCUGUGCUCCAGGGUGUUACAGGAGAAAGUUCCUCAGGGAGAUGUCCUCCAUGAAUGUGACGCACAGGGACCAGAAAAAGGCCCCAUGAUUCAUGCUGGAAGUAACCUCUACAAAUGCAAGCAAUGCGGGAAAGGUUUUAACAGGAAGUGGUACCUUGUUCGACAUCAGCGAGUUCACACUGGCAUGAAGCCCUAUGAAUGCAAUGCAUGUGGGAAAGCCUUUAGCCAGAGCUCAACCCUCAUUCGGCAUUACCUCAUUCACACGGGGGAGACACCAUACAAGUGCAUGGAGUGUGGGAAGGCCUUCAAACGCAGGUCCUACCUCCUGCAGCACCAUCCGAUUCACACUGGGGAGAAGCCCUACGAGUGCAGUCAGUGUGGAAGGGCCUUCACCCACCGCUCUACUUUCAUUCGCCACAGUAGGACCCACACUGGAGAAAAACCCUUUGAGUGCAAAGAAUGUGAGAAAUCAUUUAGCAAUAGAGCACACCUAAUUCAACACUCCAUCAUCCACACUGGAGUGAAGCCCUAUGAGUGCAGUGAGUGUAGAAAGGCCUUCAGAUGCAGCUCAGAACUCGUGCAGCAUCAGCGGAUUCACACUGGGGAGAAGCCCUAUGAGUGCACUCAGUGUGGGAAAGCCUUUCACCGGAGCACGUACCUCCUUCAGCACUCUGUCAUCCACACUGGGGAGACACCAUACAAAUGCCUCGCGUGUGGGAAGGCCUUCAAACGUAGGUCACACCUCCUGCAGCACCAGCGGGUUCACACUUGAGAGACCCAGUGAGUGCCCUGAAUGUGGAAAGGCCUUCACCCACUGAUCCUCUUGUCUUUCAGAAGGGGAU